AUGACGGAAACCAAUACAGAAGUUGAGUUGGACAGUGAACUUCAUGACCAAGAUUCCAUCUUGACGGACGAUCGACUUGAUGUCGCAGAAACCCAAGAACCUAUCCUGAGCGAUAAAGAAUUAUACGCAUGGUACCUUUAUGCCUUUGCGUGUGAGGUUUUUGCGGUAGUAUCAUUAACAAGCUUUAUACCCCUCAUUUUAGAGCAGUUUUCAUUUGAAAAGGGGGUAUUAGAUGUGGAUCACUCAAUUCCUUGCAAAAAUUCCACUGCACUCUUUGUUUCGGAGGAAAUUCGCUGCGUGGUGAACAUUCUUGGGUUGUGGGUCGAUACGGCCUCGUAUAGUUUGUACACGUUCUCAAUUAGCGUGGUCCUGCAGGCAAUUACCGCAAUAUCGAUUGGCGCAACCGCGGACCAUGGAACGAUGCGUAAAACCUUGUUAUUAAGCUUCGCUUUUGCGGGAAGCGUUUCGGCGAUGUUGUUCUUGUUUGUGACACCUAGUAUGUUUUUACUGGCCGGAGUUUUCGCCAUCGUAGGAAAUGUUUGUUUCGGUGCAUCCUUUGUCUGCUUCAAUGGAUUUUUACCGGUGUUGGUGAGAAACCAUCGAGACGUAAGAGUGAUUUCCGACAAGAUUGGGUCACAUGAUAUUAUAAGUAGCCAACGCACACUGGUGGAUGAGGGGGUCAGCAAUAUGGACGAAGAUCACAUUAGCCUCGAAGAGACAAGUCUCUUGACAACCCGUGACCGACACUCGAUCGUCAAUCUUUUGGACGCCCAAUCAUCAGAUCCGGAAUUGUCCAAGCUUUCGGAAGAUUUGAUGAAAACGAAAGAUCACAUCUCCACACAUAUUUCUACACGGGGUUUCGCUUCUGGUUAUGUUGGAGGAAUAAUACUUUUGAUUGGAGUGUUUUUGUCAGGAGUAUGGUGGUUUUUAUUCUCCCUGCUGGUCGCCAAGUGGUUGCGACCUAGACCGGGACCACCAUUGUUCGCGGGCGAUGGGAAACAAGUCGGGUGGUUAGAUUACAUUACAUUUGCGUGGAUACGAUUAUGGAAAACAAUCAAGCACGCAAAAAAAUUGGAGAUGUCAUUUAGAUUCCUGAUGGCUUGGUUUUUUAUAUCCGAUGGAUACACCACAAUAUCUUCGGUUGCUUUACUGUUUGCCAAGACGACGUUGCAUAUUCCCGCAGCCGGUCUCAUAAUAAUAGCCAUAAUAGCGCCGGCGACGGGGGUGAGUUACUGCAGAACCUUGUUUGGCGAAUUGGUUCCUCGCGGCCGAGAGACAGAAUUCUUUGCUUUAUACGCAAUUACGGACAAGGGGUCGAGUUGGCUGGGGCCGGCCUUGGUGGCCAUUAUCACAGGCAAGUUAACGCAUCUAACCAAACGAUUCUAUAUCACUCACGAAAUUAGAUAUGGAUUUGUUUUACUAUUUAUUCUCGUUUCAUUACCUAUCCCUCUUCUGUUGUCUGUGGAUGUCGUUAAGGGCAAACGUGAUGCAAUGAAUUCGUCAAAAGAGGAGAUCUAG